GUAUUCGUGUAUGCGCGCGAACGGGUAAACUCGCCGCGCCGGCACCGGCGAAAUUACAGUGUUCAGUCGCGAGCGAGAACACGGGCCACCACUUGCCGCUUCUGUACGCCAUAAAUCGUUAUCCGUUGUGUUAUUUUUUUCGAAUUCUCGUCGCCUUGCUCGUUUUCGGUUUUUUAUUUCUCGAUUCGUACCCAAUUUUUUUCCGUCAACGCCGGUAUAUAUAAUACGCGUCUAAUGUAUUAUUAUAUAUAGUGCUUUCCGCCGUGACGUGUUUUAACUGUGCAAAAAUAUAUUAUCAUUAUUAUUAGGUGUUAUCGUCGUUUUUUUUUAGUUUUUUUUAUGAUUAUUAUUGUUGUUAAUACCUCGAUAAUAUUGUAAUAUUAUUAUUAUACCCUACAUUAAUUUUUGCCGAGUGUCCGAUACGUUCGCGUAACGGCUUUUUCGCCAUAAUUAUAUUACCACCGUCAUCUAUCUAAUACUUGUAGAUAGAUUCGGUCGCGUAUUCGUUCGUAUUACAAUACUUUAAUAAUAAUAAUAAUAAUAAUAAUAAUAACAGUCGAUCGACGAUGAUGAUGACCGUUUUCCCGGUGAUCUAAUAUCGUAUUGUAUAUAUUACGCCGACUACACAAUUAUAUUAUUAUCAUUACACGUAUACGCUGCGAAUAUAUUGUUAUAUAUAACGGAUAUUUUGACGGUGUAGACUGAGGUGUUCAGCUGCCGUUAUCGACUCCACUGCAGCCGAUAAGGAAUACCGCAAGUUUGGACGUGCUUUCGACUACGCACCGACCAUGGACGUGCUACCGAGCGGUAACAUAUUCCGGGAACUUCAAGACAUACACGAUACCGGUUAUUUCUCUGCACAUGUAUCACUCGAGGAUCACUGGCAACAGACUUGUUACGAGAUGGAACGGUACCUGAAAGAAGAACCGAUGGUUUCAUCCUCACCUACGCGGUCCGAGUCACCAUGGCUGACGACGUGGUCGACGCGCGUGGAGGUGGAGGUGGGCCUGGAUUGCGCGAGUAGCGUGACGUCCAACAGCAGUUCGCCUUCAACGUGUUGGUCCGGAUUCGCGACGCCGCCACCCAGCCCACCGGACGAUACUGACGUGUCGCCGACCGUGGUGGCAUCGCUGCUGUCUUCGGCCGCAGCGGUCGCCGCAGCCGCAAAAGCCGCGGCCACCGCCUCGACCACCGGCUCGUCUGGUCGCGUAGCUUCCGCCGUGACCGCGUCCACCCCCGCCACGUCAGCGGCCGCCACCACCACCGCCGGUCUGCUGAAGGUGACCGUCGCCCCGGCCGCCGCGUCCGGGGUCACCGUCAGCCCGGUCAGCAACGUCAGUACCUGUACCGCCGGCACCAACAAUGCCAGCACCAACACCACCGUAACCGUCGGCGGCCGGACGGCGGUCGGCACUGUGGCCGCGGUGGCGACGACGAUCGCCGCCGCCGCGUCACCUGCGCACCGCGAGCACGGCACCGCCACGGCCGCCGUUGUCCACGCUCCGGUGUUGUCCAUCACCACGGCCGCCGCUGUUGCGUACCACCCGAGACUUCACCUGUCACCGGAUGCCGCAAAGAAGAUACACAAGUGCAAGUAUCCCGGAUGUGAGAAGGUGUACACGAAGAGUUCGCACUUGAAAGCUCACCUCAGAACGCAUACCGGCGAAAAGCCGUACAAAUGCGAGUGGAUCGGCUGCGGCUGGAGCUUUGCCCGGUCGGACGAGCUGACCCGCCAUUACCGCAAGCACACUGGCGCCAAACCGUUCAAGUGUCGCCACUGCGAGCGAUGUUUCUCCAGGUCCGACCAUUUGGCGCUGCACAAGAAACGGCACUUCACUUAAACGCAGGCACACGACGCACGAACACACACACCCACAUACCCACAAACCCACACACAAGCCGAGAGAAACGCGCAAAAAACACACACACACACUACCGUUUUACCACCCUAACUGCUACCUCAGCUACAACAACCCUCUAACGAUAUUAUGUUAGGACUCGUUAAAAUUAAAUACCCCUCACAUACAUAUACACACACAUUCAUACACAUGCAAAGACAGACGGACGCGCGUAGAUAAAGUUUCCGGAAAAACGGUGGUAUUUAUUUCAUUAUUAUUGUAAUUUAUUAUAACUAAUAUUAUUAUUAUUAUUAUUAUUAUUAUUAUUAUUGAAGAUUUAUAUAUUUUACGUUUAUACAUAAUAUUUUGUUACCAGUAAUACUCGUGCAUUUGUGCAUAUAUAA